AGUCAAGCCCUCAGCUCGGUCUCUCUGGGUCGGUGCUUAACUUCCCUCUCCACUUCUGGAUUCUCUGAAUAAUUUUCGGCCUCCGGCACGCGGCGGAUCUUUGACCUCACGGACCCGGCCCGCAGCGCAUUACAGACAUUAGAGACGGUUCAGUUCUCUUCCCGCCCCCCCGGACAGAGGAAAAAACCCGGACCGAGGCCCGCAGUACGUGCUAAGCCGCCCGCAGGCCUCGGGCCCGGACUCCUGCGGUUCUCCAGGAAUAUGGACGGAUUUACCGGCAGUUUAGAUGACAGUAUGUCCGCAGCAAGUGUCUCCGAUGUCAACGAUCGUCUCUCAGCUCUGGAGCUUCGCGUCCAGCAGCAGGAAGAUGAGCUGACUGUCAUGAAGGCAGCACUCGCUGACGUACUUCGCCGUCUUGCCGCCUCAGAGGAUUCUGCUGCUGCCGCAAGCAAGAAGCCGCAUGGAUUUAAAGGUGGAGCUGGGCUGCGGGAAUCUUACUCCUUGUCCUGCAUCGCCAACGGAGGAACAUCUGGACGAAAGAGAGACUCCACCUCUGUCACCAGGAAGGAGACGUUGUCGUCUGCUGCCAAGAGCCCCCAUGCAGACAGGAAGAAGGAGCUCAGCAGUCACCGGUCUCAAAUGGAGGAGAUCCAUGAGGGCGAGGAAGCCCCUCCCCCUAAGGACCAGUCUCCCCCUCCCUUCUCUCCCCUCCCAUCCAACCCCCAACAGAAACCAGCCUCGCCCUCUGACAGCUGCAAAGGCCACGCGCCUCUUAAAAGGGGUCCCAGCGUGAAGCGAUCUUCGGGUGUUGAGCGGUCUCAGAGCGCAAACUGGGACUCCUCGGAGGAAAACAGGAGAAAACUGGUGAAAGCUGCAUCCACCUCCAAACUGCUGACAAAGAUGGUGAAGAAACCAGAGAGACACAAGGACUCGGGCGUCACCCAAGCCAAAAUGUCAACACGGGAGAAAAACAGCCAAGCUGAGGGAAACUCCAUCAAGAUGUUCAUGCGUGGUCGACCCAUCACCAUGUUCAUCCCCUCAGAUGUGGAGAACUACGAUGAUGUUCGAAUAGAACUUCCUCCAGAGAGACUCAAGCUAGAAUGGGUGUAUGGUUACCGCGGCAGGGACUGCAGGGCGAACGUCUACCUCCUUCCAACUGGAGAGAUCGUUUACUUCAUUGCAUCGGUUGUGGUUCUGUUUAAUUACGAGGAGCGGACUCAGAGACACUACCUUGGACACACCGACUGCAUCAAGUGUCUGGCCAUCCAUCCUGAUAAGAUCCGCAUCGCUACAGGUCAGAUCGCAGGAGUCGACAAAGAUGGCCGAGCGCUGCAGCCACACGUUCGUGUCUGGGACAGUGUCAGUCUGUCCACUCUGCAGGUCAUCGGUUUGGGGACAUUCGAACGUGGUGUCGGCUCUCUGGCUUUCUCUAAAGCUGACUCUGGUCAGCACCUGAGUGUGAUCGAUGACUGUAACGAUCACAUGUUGACGGUGUGGAAUUGGCAGAAGAAGUCAAAGAUUGCUGAGAUCAAGACCACCAAUGAGGUGGUCCUGGCUGUGGAGUUCCACCCCACCGAUCCAAACCUCAUUAUUACCUGUGGAAAGUCCCACAUCUUCUUCUGGACUUGGAAUGGGAAUUCUCUUGUCCGAAAAAAGGGAUUACUUGGGAACUGUGAUAAGACGAAGUUUAUCCAGUGUUUGGUCUUCCUGAGCACUGGAGACAUCCUAACUGGAGACUCUAGAGGUGACCUGCUGGUUUGGUCCAGGAGCUCAGCAGAGACCGCACCUGGAAAAGGACCAAGAGCCUUUCAGAUCAGUCGCAAGGUCGAAGGUCCUGAAGGAAGUAGUAUCUUUUGCAUGUGUGACAUGAGAAGCGGCACUUUGCUGACUGGAGGAGGAAAAGAUAGAAAAAUCACUCUGUGGGACCACGAACUGCGAGCGGACCGAGAAAUUGAGGUUCCUGAUAAGUACGGAGCCAUCAGAGCUCUGUCAGAAGGAAAGGGGGAGGAGUUUUUGGUUGGGACGUCUCGUAACUUCAUCCUGAGAGGAACUUUCAACGACGGCUUUCAGGUGGAGGUCCAGGGACACACCGACGAGUUGUGGGGUUUGGCCACUCACCCAUCCAAGCAGCAGUUUCUGACGUGCGCUCAGGACGGACUCGUCUCCCUCUGGAACUCCUUGGACCACAGCCUGCAGUGGAGCCGGCCCCUCGAUGAGAUUGAACAUGAUUCAGGCCACUGUGCAGACUUCCAUCCCAGUGGUGCUGUUGUUGCCAUAGGAACCCACUCAGGAAGGUGGUUUGUUCUAGAUGCAGAGACCACAGAUCUGGUGGGGAUCCACACAGAUGGAAACGAGCAGCUUUCAGUGAUGCGUUUCUCUGUCGAUGGCAGCAUGCUGGCUGUCGGAUCUCAUGAUAACUUCAUUUACCUUUACACGGUUUCGGACCGAGGACGGAAGUACAGCCGAUGUGGGAAGUGCACGGGGCAUUCUAGCUACAUCACACACCUGGACUGGUCACCUGACAACCACUACAUCAUGUCCAACUCUGGAGACUAUGAGAUCCUUUACUGGGACGUUACAAACGGUUGUGAACUGAUCCGAAAUCGUUCAGAGUGUAAAGACAUCGACUGGGCAACGUACACCUGUGUUCUGGGAUUCCACGUCUUUGGUGUUUGGCCCGAGGGUUCGGACGGCACCGACAUCAACGCUCUGAUGAGGUCCAACAACAGGAACGUGAUUGCCCUGGCAGACGACUUCUGCAAAGUUCAUCUGUUCGCCUACCCAUGCUCCAAACCCAAGGCCCCCAGUCGGAAAUACAGCGCUCACAGCAGUCAUGUGACCAAUGUCAGCUUCCUGUUUAACGACACCCAUCUAAUCUCAACGGGGGGGAAGGAUACCAGCAUCAUGCAGUGGCGAAUGGUGAAAAAAUCUUCUCCGUCUCUGUCUGAUGGCAUCAUCUCUAACCCCGUCCCUCGCAAGGCUGAUCCCGUCAUUGCCAAGCAGCCUCCUCCAUCAACCACACCCACACAGGAACCAAACCCUCCCCUAACUGCCAAUGGGACCCAGGAACCAUUCAUCGAAAUCUCUGCCCCCACAGAGUUAAUCCUGUCUACCUCUGAGCUGACCCCGCCCCUCUCUGAGUCGACUCCUCCCCCCUCCGACAGUACAGUGAGUCUGAAGGACAGCCUUGAGCCAAGUGAUGACACGGCCACCCCUAGUGAUGAGGGCCUGCCCCCCCUGACCCCACCCUCUUAGAACCAGUCACUGUGUAUUCCUGUGCAGCGGUCUCUGUGUGGGACCAGGUCCUCUCUCGAUGGGGACUAGGUUCUGUUUCUGUGGAGACCAGGUUCUGAUUUCCACCAUCAUUUGGACACUGAGGGAAGUGAGGACAUCUGGUGGGUCCUGAUCUCAGCUGCAGACUGUUUUAAGGUUAAAUUUCAGAUCAGUUCAGGACUGCAGUCAGAAAUGUGAUGAUGAUGAUGUCCAACUAUGAUUCAUCUGUUUAGAAACAAGGAAAGAACUCAGCAGAAACCAGUCCAGAACUCUCCUGUUUGAAGUUUUCCAGGGUUACAGAAAGUUCGUACUGCUUGUCUGCUCUAACCCUGACCAUGAGUGAAACACUGUAAACAGGACCUGCUCAUUCUAAAGGGACAGUUCACCAAAACUGAAGCAAACAAUCAGACUGACCAGUGGGAGGUGGCUAACAAAUGCUAUAUGCUAACAGGUUCUCAGUCGUAGAAAAUAGUGUGGCACAGAGAUUCUAGGAGCAGGGAGAGUACCAGUUUCAUCCACCAUCACCUACUCGAUUUUUCCAGCUGUUUUCUCCUGUCUUUCAUAGGAGGCAGCAGAGGGCCAAAAACACCAGAAUGAGAAGAAUAAAAGUUAGAUCCUACCAAACCAAUAAAAUGAGAUCAGAUAGUCCUGAGAAAAUGAGUGUGACUGGGGGCAAUGUUCCACCACCAGUAAAAGAAAAGAGUUUAUCAGGAAGAGUCUUUGUUAGAGAAUAACUCAAAUCCAUGAUUUUUACACAUUUCCAAGUUGUAUUUGCACAAAAACAAAAAUCAUUUCAUUUAUUUUGUAGGUAAAGGACUUGAGCAACAAUUAAAAAAAAAAAUUUUUUGUAAAUUGAUCAAUUUGUUCAAUCAAAUAUACCAUGCAUAUUUCAUAACUAAAAUUAUUUUGUAAAGGAAAUGUAUUAAAAAAAGAUUGAUCUAGAUUAGAUUUUUUUUUAUCUAAGGGAGCAGAGAGUAAUAACCAUAGAGACUUAAACAAAAACAUGUCAGUUCCACUCUGGGAAAAAGUCAAAUAUAAAAAUUAAGAAUCAUGUUGUUUAAAGACAUCAGCUUUGUUAAUUCCAGUUUGGUUCAAGAUAUUUGAUUUUCAAAGCCUUUCAUUUGAAACAUCACGCUGAUGAGAAGAGAAGGAAGAAAAGUAGUGUGACAUGUUGAUACUUCAGAGUGAAAGAGAUGAGAGAUCAGAGUGAAACAUCUGAGAUUUGAUCUGAUCAAAGUGAGGCGUCUCUGGAUCAGUAGAGUUGCACUCGGGUCCAAAUCCAAACCGACCCGGCCCCAGCCCGCUGCCAUCAUCUCCGAACC